CAAGCAAACCCAGCUUCUGUUAUGGCAGGGGCUGCACAUUGGCAUUUACCAAACAGCCGCAGCAUGCCACUCUCCCUGACAGCACCUCCCUGCCUUCUCAGGAGACAGACAGACAAACAGAACUGAGCUGAGAACAGACUGUAGUGGACUGUCUGGCAAACACGCCCUCACAUCAGCAGGACAAAGUGGAGGAAACUGCUGAACAUAUGUCACAAGGUACCAAAGGUCCCACCAGAUAAUGUGACAACAAAUUGUUUGGAGAAGUGAACAGAGCAAAACGAUGGAAGGACAAAACGGAAAUAUCUCAUCUCAUAAAACAACACAGAAUGGAAUCAAAGGGAAGCCCCCUUACUCAGUGGAAACUCCUUAUGGCUUCCGACUUGACCUGGACUUCCUGAAAUAUGUAGAUGACAUAGAGAAAGGCAACACCAUCAAAAGAGUCCCAAUCCAGCGCCGGAGCAAGGGCCCCCGGGCAAGCACUCUUCCCAGGCACCUCAGCCCUUCUGGAUGUGGCUUCCGCCCAAGCCCCUGGGGAUCUACUGGAGCUCUUGGCCCCAGGUCCCGGCUGUCAGAUGCAAAUCAUCAUGGCUACACUUCCUGGGCAUAUGAACACAGGUCACCCCUUUCUCCAACGGGGCUCAAAUCCUUGGCAGAGAUGGAGGCCAGAAUAAAGGAGUUUGAUGAGCAACCUCUAGGUGAGCAUAUCAGACCUCAUCUCCUCCGUGCCUCCAGUCUGCCUCUCACAGUAUUACUAAGACAGGGCUCAGAGUCCACAGAUGACCCUGGAAGUCUCCGGAGUUCAAGGGAUCACCUUGGAGGAAGAAACACGUCCUGUGAAGAUGUUUUCUACACCCCAGAUUGCCCUCGACCUCAGGACUGCUCUGCGCUUUUGAGGCGCCUGACUGAGGCCCUUGAACGUGUGGGGGAGCUGGAGCUGGAGGUGAGGGUCAUUCCAGAGCUCAGGGCUCAGAUCUGCAUCCUCCAAGAGGAAAGAGAAAGACUCCGUCUGGGCCUGAAUCCACAUAUCCAUUCCCCUUCGAUGAAUGGAACCACAGACCCGCACUCCUUGUCCCACUACGGCACCGUAGAUAUCAAAAGGCCUCGGCAUGAAAGUCAUAUCAUGUUUCCUAUAAAUCACACUGUCAGCCAAGAUGACUCUAAUCCAACACAUGAGUGGAGGACUAGUACAGAUCUGGAUGAGCUGCUGACGGUGACAUCCCUGCAGGCUAAGGUAGCUGUGCUGGAGCAGAAGCUCCAUGAAACUGGCCUGGAGCUCCAGAGGGCCUUAGGUCUGCUGAGGGAGCAGCAGGAGGAGAGCAGAAGGAAAGAUGAGAAGAUGGAGCACCUUAUCAGGAAUCCUGAUGUAUGGGUCCGGGCAGAGAGGGUGGUGGUAGAUCAGGACAGAGAUGAGAUGGUGGUGACAUCCAUUGAACCAGAUUAUAAUAAAGUGUCUUCCUCAAGAAGCCCGGUCAUAUUCAGUGGUGCAAGAACUGUUACCACAAACGGACAAAGAAAUCAACAACAAGACUCUGUUGAUUCCACGUCUACUGAAAGGAGUCCUACGUUGCCUGCUGAACCUCGAGAGGCUUCAGCUGGGGACACAGCAGUGGUCAUUCACCACAUAAAGAAGAUCAAGAGGCUCCUGGAUCAGCAGUGGGAGUAUUUGUGUGCAGACAGGGAGGCAGGAGAGAAGGGUAAACCUCUAAAACACCCAGACCCUAAAGUCAACUCCCUGCAGCAGGAGAUGAUUGGACUUGUUGACAUCCUCACUUCCUAUUACACCCAGCCUGGACGCAGUGAUGGAGAAAUAGGUCAACAUAGAGCCUGUAAAUCCAUCAUGAAGAAAGAUGGCUGUACCUCCACGUCAAAAACCCAACAUUCUUGGGGUGUUAAUGAAGGAUGUAAAGCAGCCGCAAGUAGAAAUCUACUUGGGCGUGACAGCAUGAACCAGAGCAUUCCUGGUGAUUGGGAACAGAAGGAGGGCAGCACCAGCCCUAGAGAGAUGGCUGCUGCCCAGGAUUCAGACCCAGAGAGGAGACGGAUGGAGGGAGAGAGGCAAAUGAGCCCAGACAGACAAAUGAUAUCGGGUGGAACAGGAUCAGGGCCUACACAUGGAGGGCAAGCAUCUGUGGGACCUGAGGCUCCAGAGAAAAUGGCAAAGACGAAACCAAAGCCCCCAGGAGAACAGAUGGAGAGGUACUCUGGCUCAGAAACAACCACAGGGGGCAGGGAGCCUGUGAGUGCAGAUUUUAUGGCUGCCUGUCAGUUUCUCAAUGACCACAUGGACAACAUGGAUAAUCCCAAUGAUGAUAUGAGAAAGGCCUUGGUCGUGUUGUUUCAGCACUGGUUCAGUGCAGUAGCAGAAGAGGCUUCAGUGGCCAGCAGGGUGGCUGUGUACCUGAAAGAGGUGAGGAAAGCCACACCUUCACUGCUGGCCUUCCUCGUCAACCUGGCUGAUGACAACGGCAACACAGUGCUGCAUUACAGUGUGUCCCACUGCCACUACAGCAUCGUCAGCCUGCUACUGGACACAGGUGUGAGCGAUGUGAACCUUCAGAACAACGCUGGCUACACAGCAGUGAUGCUGGCCUCGCUGACGGCCCCUGAUGGUCCUGGUGGCAUGGAGGUGGUCCGCAAGAUAAUGGACAUCGGCAACAUUAACAUUCGCUCCAGCCAGACAGGCCAAACAGCUCUGCACUUGGCGGUGAGACACGGCCGAGUUGUGAUGGUUCGCCUGCUGCUGAGCUGCGGCGCAGACGCAAAUAUCCAGGACAGCCAGGGAACCACGGCCCUGAUGUUCGCUUCUGAGAGGGGCCACACGCACAUCGCGAGGCUGCUCCUGGAGAGGAGCCAGUGUGAUCUCACCAUCACUGACAAGCGUGGUCAAACUGCGCUGUGUAUCGCCAUGAAAGGUUCCCACAGUGAUACAGCUGCCCUCCUGCAGGCCCACGCUAAAGCUCGAGCUCUGUAGUACUGGAAAACUGGAAAAGAAUCUGCAGAUAUGUGGUCCUCUUACAUGCGCUCUUUUUGUUCUGAGGCACUCGGAAAUGCAUUUUAAGGUUGAUAACCUGUGCUUGGAUUGAGCUGUUUCUUUCAUAUUGUUUGUGAAUCCUGGACUUCUGCAUGAGCAUUAUCUUGAGUUUUGAAUGGGAUGACAUCAUUAUAACAAGACUCUAUAUCAUCAGUGAGUCAGGUAAAGCCUUAGAUGUGUGUUUGUCAUGAUUGCUGGUGCAGUAAAUGUGCAGUUUUCUAUUGUCGUUACUGUGGAUGUCCAUAGUUAGGUCUGAUCUCUGCACAUCCAAGUAGCAGCUUCACUCUGCAAACUAUGCAAUGAAAAUAUAUAUUUAUUAUAUGUUUAUUGUAUUGGUCACAAGAAUAUGCUGAGAAUUAUCAAAAGGUCUGUGCUUAUGAUGAAAUGUUUCCUAUCACAGGUGCUUCUCUGUUUAUAGAGGAAAAGUAAAGAUUGAUAUUUGCAUUCUUGCAGCAGCUCAGCACUUUUUAAAUAAAAUGUGCAUAAAAUAUAUCAAGAAAUGCAAAGUGCUUGUCCGAUGCUGCAUGCCGAGAACAUAAAUUAAGACAAACCUAAACCAACCUGUUGAUUUCACUCACUAGCAAUUCCUAUAAUGAUGUUGUUUGUUUUUAAUAAAAUGACAGAAAACUGAUGAUAUUGUGUCAUUUCAAAUAUGCAAGCAUUCUCUUACAUGCGGUGGUGGAGCUGUCAGGCUGCACUGAAAACCCAGUCAUCACCUUGGUGCUGUUGCUGUAGUGACAUACCUGACCAGCAGGUGGCACAGCUUCUCCAUUCCAGAAUCGCUACCGCCAGCCAAAUCAAAUACAAUAACACACAUACAGAGAGAAACGAUACACAUAAAUCUGGAAUUCUAAACUGGGCAUAUCCAAGGGAUUAGAUCUAAUCCAAUUCAAGUGUGACAGACAAUUAUAAACAUGACACCCACCAAAGUGCACUUAUUCCACUGUGCGAGAAGACACAAUGAAAUUCACCUGCAAUCCAACUAUACGGCAGCUGGAAUGGCCCAGUCAGGCAUGAAAGCAGAUGUAUCUGAGUGGGCCUGUGUUCCUCUAGCCCACAGUAAGGGGCAGCGCUUUAGUUUUGAUGCGAAGACUUGAGAUUAUGUUUGUGAGAUAAGGCAAAAAGGGUUGCGUGUAGCGUCUAGGACGAGGCUUGAUUUCAGUCUGACUGCCCUGGUGCUGUAAUGACCCUGAGCAAAUACAUAUCCUCAGAAAAAGAGAAAUUCUAUGAUAAAAUGAUGCAAGUAUUGAAAUCUGUACUGCUAUAUCAAAUAAAACAUUGUGCUUUGAAC